AAACGUUUUUUGUUUUUCUUUUGUAGGAGAUGCAUCACUUUGAGGAAGAACUAACGUGUUCCAUUUGCUAUAGCAUAUUUGAAGAUCCACGCGUUCUGCCCUGUUCCCAUACGUUUUGUAGGAACUGUCUGGAAGGCGUUAUUCAGCUGUCAAGCAACUUUUCCAUUUGGAGACCCCUGAGAGUUCCUCUGAAGUGUCCUAACUGUAGGAGUAUUGUUGAAAUUCCUGCUGCUGGCACUGAAUCGUUGCCUAUCAACUUUGCAUUGAAAGCUAUUAUUGAGAAAUACCAACAGGAAGAUCACUCCGAUGUUGCAACCUGCAGUGAACACUAUAGGCAACCGCUGAACGUUUACUGUCUUUUGGAUAGAAAAUUGGUGUGUGGCCAUUGCCUUACAAUAGGAAAACACAACGGUCAUCCAAUAGAUGAUCUUCAUAGUGCCUACAUAAAAGAAAAGCAGACUUCUGGAAAACUUCUUGAGCAGCUAACUGAUAAACACUGGACUGAUGUAUGUUUGCUUAUUGAAAAGCUGAAGGAACAGAAGUCCCAUUGUGAAAGCAUUGUUCAGGACGAUAAAAAAGUAGUAGUGCAGUAUUUUAAGAAACUUAGCGAUACCUUGGAGCACAAAAAACAAGCUCUGCUGACUGCACUGGAUGAAAUUAACACACACAUUUUGGAAGAAUAUGAGCCUCUCAUUGAGAAGUUGAAAAAAAUAAGGGAAGAACAGCUUGAAUUAAUGUCACUGAAUACGUGUAUUCAAAAAGAAGAGUCGCCGCUUAUUUUUCUUGAGAAGGUGGAUGAUAUGCAUCAGCGUAUAAAAGCUUUGAAACAGAAGCAACUACCAGAUGUUAAACCUGUGGAGAUUUAUCCGCGCGUUGGGCACCUGUUGAAAGAUGUGUGGUCUAAAACUGAAAUUGGUCAGAUCAACAAGAUCCUCACUCCAAAAAUAAAACUGAUUCCAAAAAGGAAGUUACGCAGCAAAGGCAGUGGAAAGGAAGGAAGAGAAUCUAAAGAACUCCUCCAGGCUGUAAAUCCUUUAGCAGUCCUGCUUCUUUCUAUAGUAAUAGUGGUAACUGUGUUUUCAUUUCACAAACCAGUGUUGUCAGUUGUAAUCGAAGCUGCGCCUGCUUAUAUCUCGGAAUUCUUGCUGCAUAUUUAUCAAGAUUUCUGCACCCAUUUGCAGAAUAUAGUGAAUGUGCUGUGCCAUACAUCUGAUUUACUGAUGGAGUUUUUAGGGAGAAUUGUUUCUCUUUGAUAUUUUCAAUGAUUAGAUUAAACGUUAGUGUAGGAAUCCAUGGGAUUUUUUUUUUAAUUUCUACUUAAAAGCUGGAUUGUUAAAGCUCUACACUUUUCCUUUCUAUUUCUAUAUCCUUUCUUUUUCUGUGUUGCAUAGAUUCCCUCUUAGCUAACUCUUAGUUAACUGAGAUUUGCGACAAAAAAGGCUUCCUCUUCUGCUCACACAAUAUGGUAGGUUGGUAGGUGUUUGUUUAAACUGGCAGCUAGUCAGAAACAAUGUCUGCCUAAGCAAGCUGUAAUCAGCUUACUAAUUGUCAUCUGGAGUCCUGGUUGUAAAAACUCCUUAAGCAUCUACUAUUGGGGUUGGUUUUUUUAAUAACAUCAUUUUAAGUCGGCUUGUUGUUUUUUUUUUAAUAAAAUCACUACAACAUUACAGGUUAAAAAACACCUCGGGCUGCAAACUGGCUAGUCCUGGAUGGGUCAGUCACUAGCUCUGGUGUGUAUAAAGCUCCUAUUUUGUGUUGUACUGACCUCUCUGAAUGUGUUUUAACUGGUAACACCCAUGGUCUUUAAAGCGUACAUUUGUGGCCCUGGGUUUCAUUUUGUUUGUUCCUGGUUACUAGUGGAUAGCAUGAUAUAAUCUUUUUUUAUUUUAUUUUUUUUUAACUUGUUUAUAAUAAGUUUGUGUCUUUCAAAUGGUUCUCUCCACUUUACAGGGCGGUAUCGGUAGGAGUUGUGGUGAGGUACUGCACACAGGCUUUUAGUGCCAGUGGCACACUGACCAGGUGUUUGUUUAGUCUGGCAGGGAGCUCUCACUGCUUACUAAAAUGACCCCUGAGUUUUUGCUGAAUCAUUUAACAUGUAGUGAAAAUAGAUACAUACUGUAGUAAGUAGCAAAACUCCCACUGAAGUCAGUGGUAUAAGGAUUUCAAAUGUUGUCAAGAGCUCUUAAGACAACUUGACAACGCAUGUAAAUUUAUAUUCAACUUUUCAGCACAAAAACCAGAGAUCUUUACCUUGACAUUGAGGGAACACGAUAGCAUCUUAUUCUGCAGUCAAAUGAUCACAAAUGCUGUUCACUGCUUCUGAUGAGAUGCAACAUCCCCUUUGAAAAGCCCUUUUUGGCCUUUGGUUAUCAACAGACCAAGUGCAGUAAGUACUGGGACAGCCCUGGGGUGUUGCAGUUACAACAGCAGAGCGCAGAUGUGCUUACAGUUCUCACUAAAAAAUGAGUAUUCUCCGAGUCUAAUUGUAUUUGACUUGAUAAAAAUAAUAGGAUAUUCUAGCAUAGCAGCAUUCCUUGGCUGUUGUGUAUUUUUAAAUAGUAGAUGUUGUUUAAAUAGUGAUGGGAUUCUGAGGCUACCCUUUAACUACUUGGUAUUUGAAACCCCCCUGCAACCCAAAACUUGCCCGCUGCUGCCUGCAGGUACUAGUGGGGUCCUGCAAAAUACCGGUUGCUGCCAGAGGUCCAAGAGAGCCGAGAGCAAGGUCAGGCCUCGGAUGUGAUGCCAAUACAUUCCUUAAGCUGAAAUAAGGAUCCUCGUAACAAUAUUGAUACCGUAAUGUUGCCGUAUUGAUAAAACACUAAGUCUGGCCAAACAGCUACUGCACAGCUCCCUUCUCUGCAGCUUCGGUGGGUUUGAUUGACUGAGGUAGGAGCCGGCAGCGCCUCAGAGGAGCGGGCCUUUGCCUGUGUGGUAGGAGCGGUUUCUGUAAUUUGUACAUAAGUUUUCUGUAUCUUUUAGUUACAAAGGCACAUCCCAUUAAUACCACCGAUCAGGUUUUGAAAUGGUGUUUAGGUGUAUCUAUCUGGGGACUGUGUAAAUGCUGUUGUAUUAAUUUCCCAAUAAAAUGGGGAAUUUUUGUCUUAAGCCCUGCUAGAAGGCUGUCACUUGGCAUGCAAAUCUCUCAAAACCUGGUGCUAAGUGUCUGUCUACUAGCUGUGGCUUUUUUGACUUACCUUCCUGUAUUUUAAAAACUUAAUUUAUAUGCAAUUUUAUUUUUCAAGACUACAGGGAUUUAUAAAAUAUGCCUUUACUGCUGAUUGAACCAUUUAGUACUUGUACUUAUAAUGCACUAUAUAUUUUAAUAAAUUUGCAUACAAAUAAAAUAUAUUCUUACAGUAGGAUUGGCUAACACCUUGAUUUCUUCACUGCACUGACCCUUCCCUCUGAUUCUUAAGCAGUGCCAGCAGAUGGGGCAGAACUGGUGAGCGGAGAGGGAGCGGUGAGUCUUGCU